CGGCAAUCUUUGGCGAAGACUACAAUGAAUAUAUAAACGCGGGCGGGUGCCGGUGCUCUCCAGUCUUACCACGACACUGAUCCCAUCAUGGUGCUGAGGAUAUCCUGCCUGGCCGCGCUGGCGCUGUGCCUCCUGGGGCUCGCCCUCGCGCACCCGCUCGCCCCCGCCGGUGCGGAGCACGCCGUCGACGCUCACGAGCACGUCCACGACGACGCCCACCCGCACGUCCACACUUACGACGAGCAUCCCACCGAGAGCAAGCUCGCGUCCAUCCUGACGCCCGCCGAGGCUCGAGCCAAGCGCUCUCCCACCUUCAAGAAGGGCUACGGAGGCGGAGGCUACGGAGGCUACGGUGGAUACGGCGGCUACGGCGGUGGUAACUACGGGGGCGGCGGCGGAGGCGGCUGCUGCAACGUGUGCGGUCAGUGUGGCGGCGGCGGGGGCGGCUACCCCCAUGGCGGUGGCGGAGGCAACUCCUACUCGCAGAGUUCUUCGCAGGCCUCAUCACAGUCCUCUAGCUCCAGUGGAGGCUACGGCGGCAAGAAAUGAGCGGGGCGAGACAAAGCGCCAACGACGGUACGAACAUAGAAUUUCUGAAUUUACGGAUAUUUACGUAAACAUGUGAUUACCCAGACGAACGAAUUUUUUAACCAGACAUUUGAGCUAAACUAAAGUUUGACGACCGAACGAUACGUAACUAUGGUGCUAUGAGCGAAAUCCUGUACAAAAUAAUGUGAUGUCAGUUUUUCAUUAAAUGUGUUAGUUAUUAAAAAACAAUAAAAAAUAUUUCCAAAAAAAGUA